AAUCGGGCGUGAGAGACGGUCCCGCCAGCAUCAGCGCAGUGGAGGGCGCCCUCCUCGGGACGCCUCCCGUGGUCCCUCCCACCCCGCCACCAUCGCUGUUCAUUCAUUCAUGUGCUCGUUCAUUCAUUCAUUCAUUCAUUCAUUCAUUCAUUCAUUCAUUCCCCGCCAUAUAGAUCCCAGUUCUGACUGCUCCGCACCCAAAGGCUGGCGCUUCCCCGAGGCCCCUGGAGGAUUAGUUUCCUUCCUCUCUCAUCCGGAUCUGCGCUUGUAGCGGCCCGCUGUGCCCGAGAGGCAGCGCAGAGCUGUCCCAGCACGACUCGGCCGCACCCGUGCGCCAGGCCCGUCCCGGGCGGGCGGGCUGGGGCGGGUCUCCCAGCUUCAAGAUCUGGUCCAAAGUCGCCCUGAGGGGAAGAAAAGUUCUUGCAGCUGGGAAGGAGUAAAGAGGCAGGGUAGACAGGAGGUGGCCUUGCAAGUGACAUCAAUAACUGUGGCUUCUCCUCGAGGUCUUGAGAUCCUAGAGGUGAGGUUAUUUGCAUGAAGACAGGGCCAGUGGAUGAGCUAUAAAUUCCUGCCCCUGUCUCGGUCCCAAUUGCAGUCUGAGCUCCGGGGGGCAGUCUGCCAUCCCUGGCCAGCUAGCACUGGGAUAGGUAGGGUGCAUGUGUGAGCUCUGUGCCCAAAUCAGGCCUGGACACACUGGGGUGUGGACCCCUAGGGGCUCCCUCUGCUCUGUCCUCAAAGGAACUGGUGGGGCUCUACGCAGCUGUCAUUUCCCCUCUUUGCUUUCCUUACCCCACCCUCACCAUGCAUGAUCAUUCAAAGGUGCCCCUCUGCAGGGGUCAGGCUCCUCGGGAAUGAGAGCGGGUGCCCUGACAAUCUGUGAUGUCUUUGCCCCAGGUGCACCUCUAGCUGGCUCUGAAGUCCGGCUCCUUUCAGAGCAAAGACUUAUGGCAUUGCCAGGAGGGGUGGCACAGAGGGUGUCCCUCCCAUUCUUCCGAGAGGGGCCAGUAUGCUCCUCUACAGUUUUUGGAUCAGGCUGGGAUCCAGUCCAGUCGUGCUACAGACGCUCUUAGGUUUGAAGUUGUAGUUUGACAGACAUUGAGGGGAGCCUCCGUGGGCAUCUCUGGGGCAAACCGGCUGGUCCAGAGGGCAAAGCUGGUACAGAGGCAGCUACUGAGCUUCCAGGCAGUUUCUGCUGGGGCAGAGAGAAGUCUUCCUUCCCAACUUCCCCUGAGGAGACUGUUCUUAAUAGCCAGGAGAGAGCAGCUGGAGCUCCAUCCGUGCCUUGAUUUUGCUGGUUGUUUUCCAAUGUCUGAAUUUAGGCCAAUCCUCAAAGCUUUAGAGCAGACCAGAGACCUGUGUGCUACCUCAUCCACUGAGGAUGCUCUCGUGACCCUUGAGCUGGGGAUCAGCAGUAGCCAAGACAGGUUUAUGCCAGCCGCCACACGGAAGCUCUUAGUGCUGCCUGAAUGACUUCACCCCGCCCUGCCCCUGGGUACGCUGUUACUGUGGCCCUUGAGUGCCACAUACCAUAUUUAUCAUACCAGUGUGAAGAGCCUCACUCUGGGAAUCAGAAGUGAGUUCUAAGCCUCGAGCUGUUCCUAUUUUGCUUUGACCUGGGACAAGUCACCUCUCCCUGGGCCUGCUCCCCCACGAGGCCCUUUCAGGACCCCGAGACGCUUCAGACUUGCCUGUGGUCCUAAGAAGAGCCUGGUCGGUCCACAAAGCCAGACUGACUCUGAGUGUUGUUUCAGGUCUUUCCUUGGAGCUCACUGGGGCCUAGUGUCCUGCUGGCUGCACCAGAGGGAGGAGCUGUCCCUGGCCUGGCCUUGAGAAGAGCUGGCAGGUCCACAAAAGCCAACUUAGGAGAGUGUGGUUGCUUUUCUGGGGAGCAGAUGCCCAAGGGGACAGACGCUGCUGGCUCAGGCCACUGGGUCUGGCUGAAGCACUGCUACCACCAGAGGCUUGGCUGAGCCCUGGAGGGAGGUUUGCCCUGUGGUUAGGCAGGGAUGGGUGUGGGGACAGGGCCGGGUAAGCUGGGGGAGUGUUGCCUGGGCAUGGCCAGCCCGGGGCAGUGCGGCCCAGGGGACCCUUCAGGGGAACAGGAGGGCCAGCCUGUGCUUCCCUCAAAUGCCCCAUCCCAUCCGGGCACUUUAUCCUCUUCUACGUUCUGCCUGCCACCUGAGUUCCCCCUUUGAUCAGUGAACCAGCACGAACUGAGCGCCUGUGGUGCAGGCCAGAGCGCCUGCAGGGACGGGUCCAGCUGGGGCUGACCCCUCAGUCCUGUCCUUUCCCUCCUGCUUUCCUGCCAGGUGUCAGUCAUUCACUGUGGCCCUUCACUCUUACUGCCUGGCUUUUUUCUCUCCUGCCUUUUGCGAUGUCAUCAUCUCUCUUUCUGUCUCUCCUUCCUUCCUUCAUUCAUUUAGCAAACAGGCUGUGUGCUGGGGCCUCAGAGAUGUACAAGACACGCCCGGCUGGAGUUCAGAGUCAAUGAGGGGAGACAGAAGUGUAAACAGGCAGAGUCUGGCAUGCAACCAGCAAAUGUCUGGAAAGACAGCUUCUCUGAAGAGCCCUGUGUCCUGCACAGAGGACACCGACAGUGCUCAGGAGCCCCUGGACUACAGUCUGCACUGGCCAGAAAGCUUGAAGGGUGAAGAGAUAAAGAAGUGCAGCCGAGAAGGGACACUACUGAGUAAAUACAACCAGCAAUACCACAAGCUGUUUAAGGACAUCCCUUUGGAGGAGGUGGUUCUCAAAGUGUGCUCCUGUGCCCUCCAGAGGGAUCUCCUUCUCCAGGGUCGGCUCUACAUCUCCCCCAACUGGCUCUGCUUCCAUGCCGGCCUCUUUGGCAAGGAUAUCAAGGUGGUCAUUCCCGUGGUGUCUGUACAAAUGAUCAAAAAACACAAGAUGGCACGGCUCCUUCCCAAUGGACUGGCCAUCACCACCAACACCAGCCAGAAGUAUGUCUUUGUGUCACUGCUCUCCCGGGACAGUGUAUAUGACAUGCUGAGGAGAGUCUGCACCCACCUCCAGCCUUCCAGCAAGAAGAGUCUGAGUGUAAGAGAAUUUCCGGAGGAAGCAGCAUGCAAGUCUCUGGAAGUCUUCAUCCCCGAGAUGAAGUGGAGAAAAGUGUGCCCUGCCUCCAGGUCCCUGUCCCUCCCAGACAACAUUCCUUGUAUCCCUCAGGCAUCCAUGGACUCCACGGACAGUAUUUUCCCCUCCAGAAAGCCUCCAAGGUCUGAGAAUGUUGUCUGUGAGGAGGACGAGCUGGAAGAGGAGCCCAAGAGUGACAGGGAGCUGAGGCUCUGGGACUACCGGCUCUUCAAGGUCUUCUUUGUGCUAAUCUGCUUCUUGGUCAUGUCCUCAUCCUAUCUGGCGUUCCGCAUCUCCCAGCUAGAACAGCAGUUAUGCUCCUUGAAUUGGGCUGUCUCAGUCCCUGGGCACAGGUAACAGCCACGUGGCCUUUGUCCCCACUCCUUCUCCAAGAAGAUUCUCUGGUGCUAAGUCUCCACCAUGAUCUCCUGGGUUUAUGCUGCUGCUGUGCUGAGAUUGAGUACGAAGGAAAAUAUUCCAGAUCCCUCCCCUUUUCCCCAACUCUUCCCCCACCCUCAAUGAGUGAUCUGAAGUACUGUUUAUGGGGUAACUGGCUCCUACAGUUUCGGACUCAAACAAGAAGCCAGAGUUUUUGGAACCAGCUAAGGAAUUCUGUACACUAAGGUUCAACUACCACUUAAAUGAGAAAAAAUUUAACCUCCUUGGAAACAGUUCUGGCACACAGGCCGAACACUGGAGGACACCUCAAGGGACAAAGCCAUGCUUUGAUACCUGGAACAUGGCUCUCUGUCACAUGGCUCACUCCAGUGGUGGGGUCAGAGGCCAGAACACAAACCAGCAGUGUGGGCUCUGCUCCCCGGCGCUCUCUCCUCUCACGGGCUUCGCCUGCUGAGGGCUGUGAACGCAGAGAGGAGGGCUCGUGGCCAGGAUUCCAGCGGGAGGCAAAUUUUCAUGCUCUGGGCUGAGGCUCUGCGCUGGCCCCUCAUGGGGAGGCUGGCUGAACCUGGGAAGAUGCUGCCUGCCGCAGGGGAUGGUGGCAGGGGCUGGGAAGGAGAAGUCCUAGAAUUCCAUGUUCUCAGCUCUCAUUUUCUAGUGGGAUAGGUGGAGCAGGGCCUUUGAUCACUGUGGCCACAGACCUGGUAUUGGGUCUUGCCUGGUGUGCCGGACAUUUUCAAGGUGUCCCAGGCCCUGGAAGUAGGGGAUGGGAAGGAUGGAGGGCUUUGAUUUGAGGUCUUGCUGUGUACUUCCUGCCUGACUGCCUGCUUCUUAGGCAUGGCCGAGGGCAGCCCGUCAGGGAGGGGUGGCUGGGCAGCCAGGUGUGUUGGUGUUGGGCCACCACAGGGCAGGGCUCACUCGCAUCACCUGUAGUCAGUGUGUUUCAGGUCAUAGAGGAAGGUCCUCCAUUUCAUGGGGUCUAUUCUCCAUUAAUUAGGUGGUGGUGUCCAAGGUGGGCCUGGUGUAAUGCAGGAACCAGGCCAAUGGGGUCCAUCUGAUACCUCUGGGGACAAAAGAGAUAGGGGAGGAGAAGGGUGGGCAUGGUGGUGAGUUUGCCUUAGAGAUUCCUCCUUCUCUGUCAGGGCCUUCUCUAUUCUUAAAAGCUUCCCUGUGCCCCAGAACUCUGGUCUGAUCUCCCUGGGACUCCCAUCUGCUAAGAUAGGAGGGCCUUAAGUUAGGAGGCCAGAGGUAUCAGGGAGAGUCAUUGGUGAUGGGGUGGGUGGUGUCAGAAAUAGCCACUGUUUUCCCCUCUUCAAACACUGAGAGGUUAACUAGAGGAAGAAAUUCAAGUGGAAAUUAUUUAUUGCAGAGCCAUGCUUAUCUGUCCUGUUUAUUACAAACCCAACUGAGGAUUGAAGGGACUGACAGGAAGAGACAACUCCCUGAGCUCAGACUGGAGGUCUCUUCAUCCUCUUCCCAUCCCUGUUUCUAGGAUUAAGCUUAAAGUCUGGCUGUGUGUGUUGCUUGCACCAAAUCUGUAUGUCUCAGGUGAAACUCACUGUUCCAUUCUCCUUACAGUGCCACGCUGGAUAUCCAUCCAGUGUUUUUUUUUUUUUUUCUUUGAAUCAGCCCUUUUUAUCAAUAUUUUCCAUCAUAUUUUCAGGGAAAUAACCCUCUUGCCCUAGCACUUCCCCUCCCUGGUGGGGGUGAACAAAUCCAUUCUCUGAGCCUUGCUAGGUUGAGCCAGAGGCCACAAGAGGUGCCAAGUCAUGGAUAGAUGUGCCAAGAUGCUGGUGAACCUGGUUUUCAGCUAUGUCUCAGGCUCAGAAAGGGCAAGAAGCAUGCUGUAGGGUAGGUGGUUUUGGAGGCAUGCUUGGGGCCCUGGGCUUUGAGUGGUGUGGCUGUGCCUGUCUUGCAGGAAAGCCUUCUGUCUCUCCCUUUUGUCCCCAGCCUGGUCCUCUGGGGCCACUGUACCUUCUUUUGUGCCCAUUUAUAAACUAUGUAUAUUUAUACAGA